AUGCAAGUUUGCCCAAUGUCCAUUUUGACCAAGGAGAUUCGAGCAGACAGGGACAUGUUCAAUGCGGUGAAGAGCACCGCCAAAGAGGAGAAAGCUGUCGCUCCCCCCAAGCUGCUGAUCCGCGUGCGCUACACAGUGGAUGGGAAGAAAGGUCGCAAGCCAGUGGAAGUGGACGGGACCCCUUCCACAGUGAGCCUUUUUCAUUUCUAUCAGGCAAUUGAGGAGGCUUUCCAUGUGGCUCCACCCAAGCAGUUGCUGCAGCCUGCUGACGAGUCCAAGUUUCCCGUCGAGCCUCAGGAGCAGGCCUUGCCUGCCUACAGCUCCUUUUCUUCCAUGGAGGCUUUUCCCAGCUUGGAGACCCUAGGCGUGAGGAACGGCCAGGAGAUCUUCCUGACAGAGCUGAGAGAGGAGGUGCGACCAGCUGAGCGUCCGCAGGACGCUCCACGAGCAUCAACACCUCAGAGUCGAGAAGACUCAGGUGCUUAUGCGCCAGGCCCAGGCACUGGGAGUGGCGAGCUGGGCGGCCAGCCACCGGCUCCAGUGGUGCCCCCCGUGGCUCCGGCACCAGCGGCACCAGUGGUACCUCCGAAGCCAGCACCUCCCAGCGCACCAAAGCCUGGAGGGCAGGGCAGCUCUGUUAGAUAUAGUGAUGAGCACCGCUUGAAGUUCCUGUGGCGAAGCAUUGAGGAGAAAAAACUGGCUUUGACCAAAGCGCGAGAACUUCGGGAGUACAAUGAGGUGCAGCGUGUCCGCGAGAGUCCUGAGACUGACCGCUUGGCUGCCCUGCUUCUCUGGCAGAGAGAGGAGCAGGAGUUUUAUUGCAGGUUGAAGGCCGACCUGGACCGUGCGGUUGGACUGCAGCCUGUGAAGGAGUUUAUCGUGCAGCGGCUGCGAGAUGCAGCCGGUCGCCACGUCCUCAAAGAAGGAAAGCAGCCACGCCGACAUGUGCUGAUCAGCGGCGCUUUCGGCGUGGGGAAGCACGUGGCAGCCGAGCUCAUUGGGAGACUUUUUGGACUCCUCAACAACCAGCUGGUAGCCUCUGUGCGAGUGGGCAGCAAAGUGCGCCUGGCCGCGUGGCAAGAUGCUGAGAACAGAGGUGCCCUGCUCAGCAAGAAUGAUGUGGGCCUCGUCACAGAAGAGUUGCCUCCGGGCUCUCCAAAGCCUCUGAAAGUCAAGGGCCCAUCUGGCCGUGUAGGCAACUACAAACCGGAGGAACUUGUGGCAGAGCCGGACUUGCUCAUCUCCAUCCAGGCACUCACAGAGUUGCUGGACCCCAAAACGCAAAAGCUCCGAGUCGCAGACCGGAGCUGCUUCUACAUGCGUUUGGGUGGAAGUUUGUCGGAGCAGGAUGCAGAGAUCUUGGAGCAGGUGUUGGAGGUGGGCAGCGUGGUCAUCAUGGCUGGACCACCGGAGGUGGUUGAAGCCAACAUGCAGCUCUCGGCCUUUCGCCGCCGCCAGCCGGACCUGCUGACACUGCCCACCUUAAGCGUGAAUGAUGUGGCGAACCUCAUUGCUGCAGAGGUGGAGAAGCGUGGAUAUGAAGGCGUAGGUGAGGGCGACGUGGGGACCCGGCAGCUCAUUACCGUUCUGGAACACAUUGUGGCGCAGCGCUUCGACGAGAAGCUGAUCCGAGAGAAGAAUGGGCACCUGGCGCGGGACGUUUUGGAUUUGGCAAUCUCCCGAAAGAACGACCGCACCUGGGCAGACAGCUUGGACAGUGCGGAGCGCUUCCGCUUGACGCCCAUGGACUUUGGGUUGGAUGUCCUCACUGCAGAACAGCGAGAACGACGCAUGCGGGAAGUGGAAGCGGAGGUGGAGCAACUAGUGGGUUGGGGCAGCGAGGAGGAGGCGGGCAGUGCGCGCCAUUUCUUCUUUCAGCUCCGCCGUCAACUGGGGCAAGCCCCUCGUGGCAGUGGCUGGAGUGCAGCUUCCUGCGGUGGUGCUGGUGCGAUGCAAGGAGCUUUGCAUAUGCCACGGGCCUUGUGGGUAGCAGCCAAUGCAGGCGCCGGCCGCGAGACGUUCGUUCGCCUCGCCACCUGCUUCCUGCGCGCCGCGGGGGCGAUCAGCCGCGAGGAAGUGAGCUGGGUGGAUGGCCAGGAAAUUGCGGACAAAGGAGACCCGACUGAGCUGAUUGCUGCACGCUUGGUCGCUGCAGAGCAUGGCUGCCUAGCCAUUAAGGACGUGGAUGCCUUGGUCGACUCGCGGGAAGCAGUGAGAGCCCUGGCCGCGGCGUUGGGCAACGUUGAUGGUGCCAGCAGUGGCACCACUCUCUUCGUGAUACUGGGAACGCAACAGGGCCUGGCACGGAUUGCCCGCAUGGAACCUGCCCUCGAGGCCAGAUUUCCAACAACUGUGCAAAUCCCUGACUUCCUGGCAACCGAGCUGGUUCAGUUCAUGGAAAUUUCUGCCAGCAAGCUCCCAUCAGGUGCCCUGGCCUUUGAGGAUCAGCUGGCACCACGAUUGGCCGAGCACCUCAAUGAGGUGUACGGUGGAGGUGGCCAGGGGAAGGAGUUGGGUGAGCGGGGGAACUUGGCGCUGGCGCGGCGGUUGCUUCAACGAGCUGUCCAGAAUCGGAUCACCAGGCUGUUCAACAGCAUCCAGGAGGGUGAGUCGCCGAGUGACACGCCAGAAAGUGAGCACUUGACAAAGGAAGACUUUGAGGUGGGUGCUCCGAUUGGUGAGGGCCGCGAGCAAAAAGAUGCUAUUGACGAGGAAGUCGGCAAUUUGAUAGGCAUGGCCAAAGCCAAGGAAUGGUUUGCGCAGGUGCGCCAAAAGGUCGCCUUUGUUGAGCAGACGGGCACCCGCAGCGACCUCCGAGUGUGCUUGAAUAUCAUUAUAACUGGGAAUCCUGGAACGGGCAAGACAACCUUCGCACGGCUGCUGGCGCGCUUCUUCCACACCUAUGGGGUGCUGCCCAAAGACAGCUUUGUCGAGAAAAACGGACUUGAACUGAAGGCAGAGUUCAUGGGUGGUACAGCGCCAAGGGUCAAGGCAGCUGUCCAGGAGGCAAUGGGUGGCUGCCUGUUUCUUGAUGAAGCUUAUGCCUUGAUGGAUUCGGCGGCUGGUGUGGGCGGUGGUGGAGAUGCCUUUUCUCAAGAGGCACUCAGGACUCUUCUCACUGAAGUGGAGAACCACCGCACCAAUCUCAUGGUCGUGCUGGCAGGCUACAAGGAGAAGAUGGGCAGAUUGAUGCGAGCAGAGGAGGGCUUGGCACGACGCUUCCCAAACCGGCUGCAUUUAGACGAUUACACACCAGCAGAGCUAGCACAAAUUUGCGAGAUGUGUGCCAGGCAUCGGCAUCAGCGCGAGUUCGAGCCUGGCUUGAGGGAAAAGUUGGAGAAAAACAUCGAGAACUUCUACUGGAGAGACAUUGCUCAGCAAAAUGCAGGCCUCUCCGUGAACCUGACAGAGAAAGCUCUGGACAGACAGAUUGUUCGAAUUGUCUCCAAGUACCCGGAGGCCUUUGCGCAGAUGAGUCGUGCUGCUGCUCCAUCAGAUGGGCCUUCGCUGAUGCGUCAGCGCAGUGGUGUCAGCAUUCAGCAGGUGAAGGCGGAGGUCGCAGUCUUCACUGCUGCAGAUUUCGGCAUUGAGGAGUAA